AUGAAGCUAUCUGUACCAGCAGCGCUAAGCCUAUACGGCCUACUUCAAAGCGUUUCGCAUUUCGCAUAUGCGCAAUCUUCACCAUGGGUUCCAAACUCUGCAUCCGGCUUGCCUCGCUGGAGAGAAUACGGUGCCGAUUCAGACAAAAAAGGAGCUCCGUGGGGGGGCAGGACAUGCAAGUCAGAUCCUGAGAAUGUACCCGAUACCGGUGUUGUCCGAAAGUAUGAGUGGACAAUAGCCAGGAAAGUGGCAGCACCCGAUGGCUUUGAACAGGAACUUCUUUUAGUCAAUGGUCAAUUCCCUGGCCCUCUUAUUGAGGCCAACUGGGGGGAUAUUGUUGAGGUCACAGUUCACAACAACAUUACUGUCCCGGAGGAGGGCACGGUAAUCCACUGGCAUGGGGUUCACCAACAGAAUACCCCUUGGAUGGACGGCGUGUCCGGCAUCACGCAGUGUCCUAUUGCACCCGGAGAGAGCUUUACAUACCGAUGGAGAGCCUCCACGUACGGCUCAAGUUGGUGGCAUGGCCAUCACGCUCUUCAGUAUGCAGGAGGCCUCUGGGGGCCAAUAGUGAUACACGGCCCAGUCUUCGUGGACUAUGACGUUGAUCUCGGCCCCGUGACCCUCUCCGACUUCUAUCAUAGAGGCUAUGAGGGUAUCGCUAAGGGCGCCAUAUCAACAAUCAAUGAUGAACUCGUCAAUGUUCCGCAUUCGGCGAACCAACUCAUUAAUGGUCUCAAUCCCUACAACUGCUCCCUGUCUCCAUCCCAAUACCCUUCCAUUACCAACGCUACAUGUCACGACAAUGCCCCACGCUCGAAAUUCUUGUUCGAGGCCGGCAAGACCUACAAGCUGCGCCUCAUCAAUACUGGCGCUCAGGCUAUUCAAGUUUUCUCCAUCGAUAGCCACAAGUUUAUUGUGACAUCAAUGGACUGGACACCUAUUGAGCCAUACGAGGCUGACUGGAUAGCUCUUGGCGUAGGCAGCAGAGCUGAGAUUAUUGUCAAGGCUACCGGAGACCCCAAAGCAGCUUACAAUAUGCGUAUGACGACCCGCUGCGCCACAACAUAUGUCUGGGAGACACUUGCAACUGUAUCCUACAGCCAGGCACCUCCAAAUGCAGUUCCUAUUAACAACCCCGUGCCGAUUCCUAUUCCUAAAGCCAACGCCACUUGCGGUAAUCUUGCAUUGCCCAAAAUAAAGCCAAUUUUCAAGAAGCGUCUUCCCAAAGCAGACAUGGAGAUAUUUUACAAUGUCACAUACCACAGAAAUGCAACCGGAAACAUUUUGUGGUACGUGAACGAAGUUAGUUUCCAAGCCGACUGGAGCCGUCCCCUGCUACUGGAGGCGGCGGAUGGUAAAAUGGAUUAUCUUGCUCAGCCCCAGCACAUCUUGACCACAAUACCCGACAAUGUCCGUCACGUCCGGAUUGUUGUCCAGAACAAUUAUUCAAUCCACCCAAUGCACAUCCACGGUGGUGAGUUCCAGAUCAUUGCAGAAGGUAACGGGACCUGGGACGGUACCAUCGUCAACAAGAAGAACCCUGCUCGCGCCGACACAGAGCUUCUUCGCCGCGGAGGGCAUCUUGUUGUACAAAUUGAUGCUAAGAAUCCUGGUGCAUGGAGUUUCCAUUGCCAUACCGCUUGGCAUGCGAGCCCUGGUUUGAUUGCCAACCUCUUGGUCAAGCCCAAGGCGAUCCGGAAGUAUGACAUUCCCAAAGCUGUCCGCGAUGGGUGUGUAGCCUGGGACAAGUACAGAAAUUCUGGUGGAGAGAAUGCUCUGCCUUUUGAUAGUGGUCUUAGGAUUUGA